UUUGCUGCUGAGUCAGUGUGAGACCUUGAAUAAGUCUCUGUUUGUUUUGUACCAUUCAGAUUUCCUCGUCUGUAAACAUUAAGUAUCUACGUUCCCUAAAAGUAGUUCUGAAUGAAUGUUAUUUAAUGGUGCCAAUGAUGUUGGAAACACCCUGUGCCCUAUUGGUUCCUGGGCUCGGACUGUUGAUGCAGCUAUUUCUAUUUGGUUAUGGCGUAAGUGUACGGUGUCUGGAAGGUCUACAGCAGUGUUUACAGUGACAUCGAAGUCUUUCACAUCCACUCACCAGUCACUCACUGACCCACCCAGAGCAACUUCCAGUCCUGAAAGCUGCAUUCGUGGUGAAUGUCCUACACAGACUCAAUCACUGCAGUCGCAAUCAAAAGAUGGCUUGAGUUGGAACCUGGAACCUGCUAAUCCUGUCGGUCAGCCUGUGAUUUUGGAAGUGAAGGGAAAAAAAAAGAAAAAAGGGAAAAUUUCACAUAAAACUUCCAGAAGAGGAAGAAGAUGGAAACUUUUGUGUUGUGCAUUCAGUAACGUGUACUUUCAUAAGCAGAUGGCAAAGAAAGCAAGCCUGAGUAUCUGGCCCAACGUUUUCAUUUCAGAACCCUGCAUUUCCCACAUAGAGGAGAUACAGCACAUCCAUUGCAUGGUAGAUCCAGCUUGCUCUCAUAGUCGUUGUGCAAAUAAACAUACAUGUGGCAAAGCAGUGCAGUUUUCAGUUGUUAAAAGUUGUGUCAUUCCACGAGAUGGAGCAAAGGACAUUGAUGAUGUAAACAGGAAACAGGACUCUGACUCCACACCCCUCUCUGCACGGAUGAUGCUCAGUCCUUAUACCACAAAAUGUGAGAUGCUUCCGGCCACCUCCUGGCCCUGACCCCCUGAGCUCCGUGCUCACCCCACUGGAGCUCCUGGCAGUUUUCUGAGCAGGCUGUACCUGUCUGGAGUGAUCCUCUCCACUUAAUGUUAGACAUUAAGUUCCCUGUGAAAUCUGUUUUGACUCACUGAGGUUAUGAGCACUUUAUCACAACUAUCAUCAUAUACUAUUAAAUCUCCAAUUUUCUUGUCUCUGUUACUAGACUGUGAGCUCCUUGAAGGCUGGACCUGGGUUUGGCACUGAGUGGCACUCAGCACAUACUUCUUGAAUAAGAGAAUGUACGUACACAGUGGCAUGAAAUUGAUUUGAUUUUGUCGGUUUUCUUAUGUGCUAAAGUUGUAGACAGUUCAGUAAACACUACAAAGAGGUUACCCUGUAAACCAUGAGUACUAUUAAUUGGAACCGCCUUUCUUACGUAUCCACUUGUGUUUCUGUUAAUGUUUCCAAAAUAAAUAAAGAGCAGGCUAGAGGGAAAUCUCCAGUCCUUAGAAACCAUGGCACGAGAAUACAUCUGUAUUUGCACUCUGAGCGAGAGACUUCCUCUUGUUGUGUAUGUUUCAUUAAGAGGUCUGGGAAAAAUUAGCCUUGUACCAGGAUCUGAACUAUAGUUUGAAAGUGUUUAAUGGGUACCAAUGUUCAUGUCAUCAUUUUUGAAUGAUAUACAGUACAUUUUUAAACACUUUCCUUCUGUUCCAUUUUUAUACUUUCAUUAUGUUUGCCAGCAUUGGGCAGUUGGUUGCAUUUAUUGAAGUUUGAAUAAAAAAAAUCUAAGAUGAGUUAUCCAAAAUACCUACUAAACACAUCUUGCAAGAUUGGUCAAUAAUAAUUUUUAUA